AUGGAAUCUAAAAAAUUAAGUCAGAAGGAAUAUUUAAAAAAAUAUCUCAGUGGUGGUGAUAAAAAGAAGAAAAUAAAAAAAAAGAAGAUUAAAAAUCCAACAGUUCAAAUCAUUGAUGAUGACAUCAACCUCGACAAUAUACGUCCAAUGGACGAUGCUGAGUUCGACAUCAUAAAUGCAACAGAAGAUGCGCCAAUUAUUGUAGGAGUUAUUGAUGAACGUGGACCGGUUGAUUUUGCUGAUAGAAAAAAGUGGAAAAUUAUAGCUGAUGACGGCGAGGGAAAUGUGACAGUAAAUUCAACGCAAAAUAAUAUUGAUAAUAAUAAUUUUAACCAAUUAUCAGCUUAUAGUGAAUCAGAGUUCAAUUCUAAAAAUGAAAGACGGCUUAAAUUUAAAAGACAUUCUUCUGAUUUAAGUCCACCUAGAAUAUCAGAAAAACGUAAAAAUUCCAGCAAAUCAUCGCAACGAGUGAGCUCAGAUUCCGAUUUAAGCCCGCCGAGAGCAUCAAAAAAAUCCAGAGAUAAAAAAAAUAAACAUCAAAACUCUAGGUAUAAUUCUGAUAUGGACUUGAGUCCUCCCCGGAAAUCUAAGCACCACUCACGUGAGUUACGGAAAACAAGACGUGAUUCGGAUUCAGAUUUGAGCCCUCCAAGAAAAUCUAAACACCAUUCACGGGAGUCCAGCAAGUCUCACAAUGGCCGCAAGCGUUCAAGAUGGGCUAGUAAUUCAGACAGAUCUCCAGACAGAAGUCCAGAGACUAAUGGUCGACUAAAAAAGACUUUGGAUGGUAAAACUGCUGGUUUACAAAAUGCUGAUGCACUACGAGAAGAAACAGAAGCUCACAGGCAAAGAGAAAAGGAAAUGUUCAACAGUUUGAGUGCUGAAGUUAGUGGAUUUGGACAAGCUGCAGUCAUGAGGGAUAGGAAAACUGGUAAACGACGUGAUUUAGCAGCUGAAGAGCUAGAACGUCUUGAAAAAGAGAAGCGGCAGAAAGAAAUUGAUGACAAAUAUGCCAAGUGGGGCCGAGGACUCAAGCAAGUUGAUGACCGAGCUGAGAAACUGAAGCAAGACUUGUAUGAAAUGAGCAAGCCGUUGGCUAGGUAUGCUGAUGAUGCUGACCUUGAUGCUCACCUGCGAUCAAUUCAGCAUGAAUUUGAAGACCCUCUUCGACAGUUUGCUAAAGACAAAAAACCCAAACCGAUUUAUCAAAAUGCUUCUAUGCCUAAUCGGUUUGGUAUUAAACCAGGACAUCGUUGGGAUGGCGUUGAUAGGAGUAAUGGGUAUGAAAAAAAAUGGUUCGAAGCGAAGAAUGCUCGCGCUGCUAUUCAAGAAGAAGCUUACAAGUGGAGUACUUCGGAUAUGUAA